CUUAUCCUAGUAAGAAUCAUACUCGUAAAAUAAAACACUGGGAAAUUUCUCAUUUGACACAAGAAACUCUUUAAUCAUUAAACCCCCAAAACGAGUUGAGAAACAGACGCUACCGUUUUCUGUUAGCAUCAUCAUCUGUGAGUGGUUGAAACGCAAGACGAACACAUGGAAAAACCCUCAGACUACGGAGCAUUCAUGGAGAAAUUUGUUUUACAACAAAGUUCUUCACCUGCUCUUCCUUUGAAUUCACUUACCUUUGCAGUCAAAGACAUAUUUGAUGUGGAAGGAUAUGUAACUGGCUUUGGGAAUCCUGACUGGGCAAGGACUCAUCCUGUGGUUACCUCUACUGCUUCCACAGUUUUGGCUCUCCUCCAAGCAGGUGCCACUUGUGUUGGUAAGACUGUAAUGGAUGAAAUGGCUUACAGUAUAAACGGAGAGAAUAUACAUUAUGGAACACCUAGAAAUCCUUGUGCAGCAGAUCGGGUUCCUGGAGGAUCUUCUAGUGGUUCUGCCGUGGCAGUUGGUGCAUUGCUAGUGGAUUUCUCAAUAGGAACUGAUACUGGAGGAAGUGUAAGAGUGCCUGCAUCAUACUGUGGGAUUUUUGGUUUUCGUCCUUCUCAUGGUGCUGUUUCAGAAUCCGGAGUUAUUCCUAUGGCUCAAAGUUUUGACACUGUGGUGGCAUGGUGUACAUGUCGGGGUCUCGAGACUUAUUUUCUUUUUCUCUCAUCUUCAUAUCUAGGAUGGUUUGCUAAGGAUCCAAUGAUUUUGAGCAAAGUUGGACAUGUACUUCUACAGUUGCCAGAUAUAGUACCAGUUAGACCUACUAGCAUUAUCAUUGCAGAAGACUGUUUCCAGCUUUCAAGCAUUCCGUACAAUGUAGUUACACAAAUUGUCACCAAAGCAAUUGAGAAGAUAUAUGGAGAUGAUGUAUUAAAGAGUGAAAUCCUUGGCGACUAUGUGAUGGCCAAUGUUCCAAGUUUGAAGCAUUUCAUGAGUAAAGAUAAUACAGACCAAGUAUAUAACAUUCCAUCACUGGCUGCACUUUCAAGUUCCAUGCGAUUGCUUCAAAUGUAUGAAUUCAAGAAUAACCAUGGUGAAUGGAUUAGUGCAGUCAAACCUAAUUUAGGUCCUGGAAUUUCGGAACGUGUAUCAAAAGCUCUAAUGACAACUGGGGAAAACAUUGAUAUAUGUUUUGCUAUAAAAAGGGAACUACACGAUGCUCUAACUGCUCUUCUUGGGGAUUUUGGUGUUCUCAUGAUUCCCACAGUUCCAGGACCUCCACCAAAAUUGCAAACAAAUACACCUGAAUUAGAAAAUUUCCGUGCAAGGGCGUUUAGCCUGCUAUCCAUUGCUGGAGUAUCUGGAUUUUGCCAGGUAAGCAUACCUUUGGGGAUGUAUAAUAACCUUCCCCUAUCAAUUUCUCUGGUGGCCAGACAUGGUGCAGAUAAAUUUUUGCUUCACCUUGUUGAGAGUCUUUAUGAAAGCAUCAAGAAGGAACAGGAAGCAGCUUCACAGAGAGCAUGAUCACUUUAAUCCACCUCAAGGAUGUGAAUGUAAUUAACUUAUAUGUAACUCAAAUCCAGGCAAAAACAUUUAUUCAAGUUUUGAGAUCCACCUCAUUCUUGCAACCGAGGGGGUUACUGCCUUGCUGGAGAAAUUUAGCAUUGUUCAUAAUGAAUCAUAGGCGUAUAAUAAUGCU